AGCCGGCCUUGGAAAAGGAGAAGGAGGAGAAAGGGGGUAAGGGGGGCAGUGGGGGCCACGGCCCAGAGUGCCAGGGACCAAGCGGGGCCAGCCGGACCCACGGCUCGGCGGCGGGGAAAGACCCCUGAGACCUGCCCACCACUGCUGCCCGAGGCCUGAGGGAAUGCUGGCUGCUCCCUGGGUGGGCAUUGGUCCUCCUCAGCCACACUGGGAAGAUUGGUGUACCUGGUGCCUGCCCAUCCCUGGGCUGUCAGAAGCUGCAAGCUGAUAUCCAUCCAGAUUUCCACUCAGCCUCCACCCUCCAAGAGAUCAGCUUUCUUGCUUGUGGCAGCAGCUCACAAAGCACCUGAGGAAAUACCUGUCAGCACCUAACAAGAAGCCCACUGCCUGGGACACAGACACACUCCCCCAGAACGCCUGGCCCUCCAAAAGGCCAAGGCAUGGCACCCUGAUGCCUCGGCUAGGACCAUUUUCUCUGCCUCUGCCCUGGUUUCCGGAGCCCAGGGACCAGAAUGGGUCGUGAACAGGAUCUGAUCCUCGCUGUUAAGAAUGGAGAUGUGACUGGUGUGCAGAAACUGGUGGCUAAGGUCAAGGCUGCAAAGACAAAGCUCCUUGGCUCCACGAAGAGACUCAAUGUCAACUACCAGGAUGCUGAUGGAUUUUCUGCUCUCCACCAUGCCGCCCUGGGGGGCAGCCUGGAGCUCAUAGCCUUGCUCCUGGAGGCUCAGGCCACUGUUGACAUCAAGGACAGCAAUGGCAUGCGCCCACUGCACUAUGCGGCCUGGCAGGGCCGGCUGGAGCCUGUGAGGCUGCUGCUGCGGGCCUCUGCAGCCGUCAAUGCAUCCUCCCUGGACGGGCAGAUCCCACUGCACCUGGCUGCCCAGUACGGACACUAUGAAGUGUCAGAAAUGCUCCUCCAGCAUCAGUCCAACCCAUGCCUGGUCAACAAGGCCAAAAAGACACCCCUGGAUCUGGCCUGUGAAUUUGGACGGCUCAAGGUGGCCCAGCUGCUGCUGAACAGCCACUUAUGUGUGGCACUACUGGAGGGUGAGGCCAAGGACCCCUGUGACCCCAACUACACCACACCCCUGCACUUGGCUGCCAAGAAUGGCCACAGAGAGGUCAUCAGGCAGCUCCUGAGAGCCGGGAUAGAGAUCAAUCGCCAAACCAAGACGGGCACGGCACUCCACGAGGCUGCGCUGUACGGCAAGACCGAGGUGGUGCGGCUGCUCCUGGAGGGCGGGGUGGAUGUGAAUAUUCGGAACACGUAUAACCAGACAGCACUGGACAUCGUGAAUCAGUUCACCACGUCCCAGGCCAGCCGGGAAAUCAAACAGCUGUUGCGGGAAGCCUCAGGGAUCCUGAAGGUCCGAGCACUCAAGGAUUUCUGGAACCUGCAUGAUCCCACUGCCCUCAAUGUCCGGGCAGGGGAUGUCAUCACGGUGCUCGAGCAGCAUCCUGAUGGCCGCUGGAAGGGCCACAUCCAUGAGAGUCAGAGGGGCACAGACCGUGUGGGCUACUUCCCUCCAGGCAUCGUUGAGGUGGUCAGCAAGAGGGUGGGCAUCCUUGUGCCCCGCCUCCCCUCUGUGCCUGCCCCCCUGCGCCCAGGCUUCUCCCGGACACUGCAGCCCCCUGCUGACGACCCCCUACACCCUCUUACCUAUGGCCAGCUCCCUCGGGUGGGCCUCAGCCCAGACAGCCCAGCAGGUGACAGGAAUAGUGUGGGCAGUGAGGGCAGCGUGGGCAGCAUCCGCAGUGCUGGCAGCGGGCAGAGUUCCGAGGGCACCAAUGGUCACAGCACUGGCCUCCUUAUUGAGAACGCCCAGCCGCUGCCCUCUGCUGGAGAGGACCAGGUGCCAUUAGGACUGCAACCUCUGUCCCUGGCAGACAACCCAAGCCACUGCCUUCUGUCCAACUACCGCUCUGGGGAGCAGCUCUUCACCCAGGACAUGAGGCCGGAGCAGCUGCUGGAGGGGAAGGAUGCGCGGGCCAUUCAUAACUGGCUGAGUGAGUUCCAGCUGGAGGGCUACACUGCCCACUUUCUGCAGGCUGGCUAUGACGUGCCGACCAUCAGCCGCAUGACGCCUGAGGACUUGACGGCCAUCGGGGUGACCAAACCUGGGCACAGGAAAAAGAUCGCCUCUGAGAUUGCCCAGCUCAGCAUUGCCGAGUGGCUGCCCAACUACAUCCCGACGGACUUGCUGGAGUGGCUGUGUGCUCUGGGGCUGCCGCAGUACCACAAGCACUUGGUGCGCAGUGGCUAUGACUCCAUGGGGCUGGUGGCCGACCUCACCUGGGAGGAGCUGCAGGAGAUUGGUGUCAACAAGCUCGGCCAUCAGAAGAAGCUUAUGCUAGGAGUGAAGAGGCUGGCUGAGCUUCGGCGGGGCCUCCUUCAGGGGGAGGCCCCAGGUGAAAGCGGCCACCGGCUGGCCAGGGGCCCAGAGCUGAUGGCCAUCGAGGGACUGGAGAAUGGGGAUGGUCCAGUUGCGGCUGGCCCACGCCUCCUCACCUUUCAGGGCAGUGAGCUGAGCCCAGAGCUCCAGGCAGCCAUGGCAGGGGGUAGCCCUGAGCCGCUGCCCCUGCCCCCUGCCCGUUCCCCCAGCCAGGAGAGCAUUGGAGCACGCUCACGAGGAUCCGGUCACUCACAGGAACAGCCUGCCUCCCAGCCCACUGGGGCAGACCCCGGCGCCCCACAGGAGAGGAAUCUUCCAGAGGGCACAGAGCGGUCCCCUAAGCUUUGUUCCCCUCUUCCUGGCCAAGGGCCCCCUCCUUAUGUUUUUAUGUACCCCCAGGGCUCACCCUCCAGCCCAGCCCCAGGGCCACCUCCUGGUGCACCCCGGGCCUUCUCCUACUUGGCUGGCCCCCCUGCCACUCCUCCAGACCCACCUCGGCCCAAGCGCCGGUCCCACAGCCUAAGCCGCCCUGGCCCAGCUGAGGGGGAAGCAGAGGCAGAGGCUGAAGGGCCAGUGGGCAGUGCCUUGGGCAGUUAUGCCACGCUUACUCGGCGACCAGGACGCAGUGCCCUAGCCCGAACCAGUCCAAGCCCCACCCCAGCUCGAGGGGCUCCCCGCAGCCAGUCCUUUGCCCUUCGGGCUCGUCGCAAAGGCCCCCCUCCACCUCCCCCCAAGCGCCUCAGCUCUGUCUCGGGCCCCACCCCAGAACCACCUCCUCUAGAUGGCAGCCCAGGGCCCAAGGAGGGGGCAGCAGGGCCCCGAAGGCGAACACUGAGUGAACCAACUGGCCCACCAGAGCCCCCUGGCCCACCUGCCGCAGCUGGCCCGGCCUCAGACACAGAGGAGGAGGAGCCAGGGCCCGAGGGGACACCCCCUUCUCGGGGCAGCUCAGGGGAAGGGCUCCCGUUUGCAGAGGAGGGGAACCUGACUAUCAAACAGAGGCCAAAGCCGGCUGGACCCCCGCCUCGGGAGGCAUCUGUGCCUACUGGUCUUGAUUUCAACCUCACAGAGUCAGACACUGUUAAGCGGAGGCCCAAAUGCAGGGAGAGAGAGCCGCUGCAGACAGCACUUCUGGCCUUUGGAGUGGCCAGUGCCACACCCAGCCCCUCUGCCCCCAUGCUCUCGCUCACCCCCAGCGAGGCCCCCUCAGCUUCUCCUAGCCCUCCCCGGCCUGAGCCGAGCAGCCUUCCAACUCAAGGAGCUCCAGCCCCUCUUUCUCUGAGCCCCCAAGCCCAGCACCCCGUGCUCUCCUGCCCUGGGCCAGCUCUGGAAAACUCAGCAAGCAGUCGAAGGCAUGCAGAGACUGAGCUCCCAGCUCCCCCUGCUGCCCUCAUCAAGGUGCCUGGAGCAGGAACAGCCCCCAAGCCUGUGUCUGUGGCCUGCACCCAGCUGGCAUUUUCUGGCCCUAAGCUGCCUCCCCGGCUUGGCCCCCGCCCGGUGCCCCCUCCAAGGCCAGAAAGCACCGGGGCCACAGGCUCAGGCCAGGCCCAGCAGAGACUGGAGCAGACCAGCUCGUCCCUGGCAGCUGCGUUGAGGGCCGCAGAGAAGAGCAUUUGCACUGAGGAGCGAAAAGGCCCCCCUGGCACAUCUACCAAGCACAUUCUGGAUGAUAUCAGUACCAUGUUCGAUGCCCUUGCUGACCAGCUGGAUGCCAUGCUGGACUGAGUGACACCUGCCGGUAGACUGCAGUGCCAGCCAUGACCAGCAUCCAGCAUGGAAGCUCCUGCCACCCUAGCAGGGUCCCUCCUGUUGCUCCAAGCAGCAGCCAUCAGCAGCACCGCAGCUCUAGGGGCAGUGCCCACAGGGGGCCGAGGGGACUUGUCAGGACUUGACAUCUCAGCAAGGCCCCUUCCCAAUGUGUAGUCUGACCGGACAGUCCUGUCCCUUGGACAGGGACCCUGGUAAGAGCUUCCUCCCAGGGGGGCAGGAGGUGGUGGCACAGUUUCUGGGGUACAUUUUCUACACCCUCCCCAGUGUCUCAAAUCCUUGUGCCAAGGUCCUCCUGCCACCCACUGUGCCAUCCUGGUCCUCUGAGGCUGGAGGGCGAUGUAUCUGGCCGGGUCCCUGCAGGUGUACACAGGACAUGUAAAUAGUGGCCAGGGGCCCGCUCUUGGUGGCAGUGGCAGUGCCCAGGCCAGCCCUUGCUCCUGCCCUGCCUACCCUCAGUGAAGUGAGGCUGGUGGGGGUGGAGACAGUGGGAUUAACAGAUCCCCAAAGUCCAAACUUUUUCAACUGUAAAUGUUAUUUUUUAAGCAGAGAGAAAUGCAUAUAUUUUAAAUGGAAUUUAUUCUAUCUAUAACUGCCUGAGAGGACACAGGGGGAGGGACUUUGGACCACAGCAAGAAUGCCCACUGCCCAGCUCAGGGCCGGAAGCCUGACCUGAUUGGCCCAAGCACCAGCUCUGUAACCAUUAACCUCUUCCCCCAACUAACACCAAUGAAAAUGUCAUUCCAUGUGA